AUGGGAAAUGAAGAAGAAAUGGCGAAAAAAGAUGGGCGAAUUUAUGAUCGACUGCUCUCAACCUUCCACCAGACUUCCGCUCCUUCCACUUCCACGGGAUUGGGUGUUAGGGUUGCUUUGAAACCAGAAUAUCGCAUUACUCCUCCGCCUCAACUGUCUCCUCAAGUUGCGGAUAUUCCUCGCAGCAAUUUCCGGUUUGAUUUCGAGUUUGAGAGGAAAAUCUUGGCUGAAGCAGACAAAGAAAGCAUGAAUUGGAGCAAGCUUGGCUUGGAAAACUUUCCUCCGAAGCCGAAUGGAACAACUUCAUCAAUGAACAACGAUUUGAAUGUGCAGGGUGCAAAUUCAGACCCUGUGGUGAGCAAAUACAUUGCCUCUGGAUUCAGUCGAGAAGUGGUGACUGUUGCUGUUGGAAAUUAUGGUGACAAUCCAACCAAGGUUCAGGAAUUUGUCACCGGCUACAACCUACUGCGAGAAAUGGGCUUUUCAUCGAACAAUGUGGCUGAAGCCUUACUCAUGUCUGACAAUGACACAGACAAGGCAUUGGCACAUUUCCUUAACAGCUCAUCAUGAGUAUGAUAUGGUAAACUAAAUAGUUUGUAUGUC